AUUCUGGAAAAGAAGGGAGAAUUAAUGAAUAUGAAUUAAAAUAAAAUAAAAUAUUUUCUGUGUAUAUGUGUUACUGUAUGUGCAUGACACCAAAUCAUAGAAACCAUAACAAACAUCCCCUUGCUCUCAAAAUUUUUCAUUUAAGCCAAGACAGAAAAAAAAAGUAGAAACAGAAGCAUCAAACCCCAGCUAUGGAGUUUAUUCCUCUUUCUCCUUCCUCUUCAUCAACUCUUCUAGCUUUCUUCAAAUCUUUUGCUUGAUAUUAAUCAAUUUCUAGGCUUGUUAUUUGUUUUUAUACUGAUCCAAAAGCUCUCUCCCACCCUAUGAUUCCUAUCGCUGGCUUUUGGAAUCUUUGGGAUAAGAUUUAAGCAGGAGUACUGACUCAAAUUGCUUGUGGGGUUCUUCUAGAAUCUUUCAGAUUUAUAAGGGCCUGCCAACCAAGAGAAACAAUUCAGCAAGAAAAGAAAGAUGGCUGCAUCUUCUUCUUCGCUUUUCGGAAUUAGAGAAGAAGAUCAAAACUUGAUGAAGCAACAGCAGCAUUCCAGCUCCACACCAACAUCAUCCACAGCCGCCGCGCCUCUGGCACCACCACCGCAGAAGAAGAAGAGAAACCAACCUGGAACACCAAAUCCAGAAGCGGAAGUGAUAGCACUAUCUCCCAAGACCCUAAUGGCAACAAACAGGUUCAUAUGUGAGGUAUGCAACAAAGGGUUCCAAAGGGAGCAGAACCUACAGCUCCACAGAAGAGGACACAACCUGCCUUGGAAACUAAAGCAGAAGACUACAAAAGAACCCAAACGCAAGGUCUACCUGUGCCCGGAGCCCACCUGCGUCCAUCACGACCCGUCUCGGGCCCUCGGCGACCUCACCGGAAUCAAGAAGCACUUCUCCAGAAAGCACGGCGAGAAGAAGUGGAAAUGCGACAAGUGCUCCAAGCGCUACGCCGUUCAGUCUGAUUGGAAGGCUCAUUCUAAGACUUGCGGCACUCGGGAGUACCGAUGCGACUGUGGUACUCUCUUCUCCAGGAGGGACAGUUUUAUCACUCAUAGGGCCUUCUGUGAUGCCCUGGCUCAGGAAAGUGCAAGACAUCAACCUAAUCUGAGCAGCCUUGGCAGCAACUUAUAUGGAGGUACCAGCAACACUGGCCUAGCCUUAUCUCAUCAUCACCAUCAACAACAAGUUGUGGGCCCUAACAUUGAUCAUCAUCACCACAACAAUCAAUCAACGGCGCCUGCUGACAUCUUACGACUCGGAGGCGGCAGCGGCAAUGCCCGGACCGGACAGUUCGAUCAUCUCCUUUCUCCUCCUUCCAUGGGGUCGUCUUUUCGUCCGGCGCAAUCUUCGGCACCCUUCUUCAUUAAUCAAGACCAAUCUAGCCAGCAAUACCAUCACGAUCAAGAACAGUUGCAGAGCAAACAAUUCCAUGGACUGAUGCAAUUUUCUGAUCAUCAGAACAACAACUCUUCCUCUGGAGGCAAUCUGUUUAACCUACCUUUCUUAUCAAACAGCAGCAAUAGCAACAACAGCAACAACGCCGGUGGCGCCAAUAGUACUAAUCUACUGCUUCAUCCUGAUCACCAGUACAACAGUAAUGGCGGUGAAGGCGGGUCGAUUCUCUUCUCAGGUCACAUGAUGGGUGGAGGCGGUGGUGAUCACAUGAGCUCCGGCAAUGUCUCUUCGCUCUAUAGUUCUCAAGUACAAAACAACCAUCAUGGUGCAGGUGCAGCCGUCUCGCACAUGUCCGCCACAGCGCUGCUUCAGAAGGCGGCUCAAAUGGGGUCAACUACUUCGAGCAACAAUACUUCUGCCUCGCUCCUAAGAAGCUUUGGAAGCACUUCCUCGACUAAAUCUGAACGCCCCGCCGCGGCGGCCUCCCUUGUUCCUGCCAAUUUAGGCGGCAUUUUUGGUGGUGGCAGUGAAAAUGAGAACAACCUCCAAGACCUAAUGAACUCUUUUGCUGCUGGAGGGAGCUCCUCUAUUUUCGGAAGCGGGUCAUUUGGCAGUGGAUUUCAUGACGUGGCAAGUAGGGACGAGCCCAAGUUGCCGGCGGUGAGCAUAGUAGCCGGGUCUGAUAGGUUAACUAGGGAUUUUCUUGGUGUUGGUCAGAUUGUUAGGAGUAUGAGCGGUGGGCAACAACAAACUCAGAUCGAGCAUAUGAGCUCCUUGGAUUCAGAGAGCAAUGCUGCGCCGUCAACCCAAUCUUUUGGAGGAGGUGGGAAUUUUUAGUGAACGAAAAAAGGGAGUAUGGAUUAAGUUGAGUGCCAUGAAGGAAUUAGUGCAAGGUUCUUCGAGCUGUAUAUUUCGUCUUCUUUUUCUAUUUUCGUUCUUUUUUGAAACCUCAACAAGUGUUUGGGGCCGGGGAACUAAUUUUCAGAAAUCAAUUAAGGCUAGAACUUCUUGGUAGUUUUAAUUGAAUGACUGGUAGACAAUUUAUCCUAUCUCAUGUUAAAACUCAUUUUCUUUAUGUAUUAGCUAGCAUUAGCAGUUUCAACAAAAUUCAAAUCCAUAGGAGCUUUCA